AAACUUCUGCAUUUAUUGUUUUUAUGUAUUUCUUAACUUGUGCUGUAAUCCUUCUCCUCUGAGCAUAUUUUGCAUUGAAUUUGGACAUUGUUGGAAUUAAUAAAUAAAAAGUGUAUUUGCUUCAGAAUAUAUAACUUAGAUAAUCGCACUGUUAUCGAACAGUCGAAUACUUGCAAUUGCAUGAUCACUGGAGAACCUUAAAUUUCCACUCAGCUGCUGGAAAAGAAAAGGGCGAAUAGAAACAAAAAUUUGAAAAUGGCGGCCACGGUCGCUGUGUACGUACGUCAUCGGCUAAAAGUAUAGCUGCUAUUAUAAGGAGUUCAGGCGGGGCAACACCUGUCACAGUUAAUGCGUAUGCGUGUGCAGCGUCGAUCCAGAUAGAACCCGGCCUUCAAAGUCUAUCUCGUGAUAACUUUAUGGGACCCUUGGAUUUUCGGUUUUCGAUACUGCUAGGAUAUAUAUCGUUUAGAUUUUCUUCGCCUAAGCACAGCCAGCAAAAUCGUAGGCUCACAACAGCUGACCCUUUCCCACGUGUACGAUUCAGCCCUUGUCCGGAAAGCAACACAAAUCAUGCUUGACCCCACCCAUCCACUCAACCCCCGCUUCGAGCCUAUGCCCUCAGGACGGAGAUUGAGGGCCCCUCUUGCGAAAAAGAACGUUUAUAGAAGGUCAUUCAUUCCAUCGGCCAUCUCUGCUCUGAACAAACAAAAAACUGUUAUCAUGUAGUCAUGGGAACUGGUGUAUUGUCCUUUUGAUGCGGGCGUGUGUGUGGGUGUGUGUGUGUGCUCACUUCUGCCAUUGCUGAUGUUAUUGUUGAUGCUUUUGAUUUUCUCUCUGACUGCUUGCAUGCUGGAAGACACAUCUCCUUUGCUGGACAAUAAAGUUAUCUUUAGAACGCUAUGGUGAGGCGAUCGAGUUGUUACAAAUAAGUAUUUGUCUUGUAGUCCUGAGCCACACUAUAAUGAUAUUAAUAUGAUUUGGGCAGCCUCAGGCAAUCGUUUUGAAAUAAUGCGCGUUUGUCUGGCGUGUUAAGCCACCCGUGCCGUUGUAGCAAGUGACACAACUUUAACUCGUACUUAUGUUGUGCGUUGUCCGUCUCCUAAAAGUGCUCGUUGUCUUGUAUUUUCGAUCCGGUCAUUUACAAGAAGAGUAUUUUCAAGACUUCUAGCAGCUCCAGAAAAUGAUCGUAGGAGAGGAAGAAGAUUUAACCGUCUUAAAAUCGUUUUUUGGUUGCGCAACAGACUCCAACUUCCCCACGGUCGCCAUGUUUAAACUUUGGAAGGUCAUGGCCAAAGCAGUUCCACAUUCAAAACUCAAUUGAUGUGUUUCAUGAUAAUAUUUUAUGAUAAUUGGCUAUUAAAUAAAGUUUACAUUUUAAAGUGUAAUUCUUAAGAAGAUAUUCUUAAAGAGCGAAAGUUUCUUUGAAGUUAAAAUUUUGUGCAGUCUAUGAAACAUGUCUGCUACCAUUAGCAUUCGUGGCUGGAAUAUUUCAUGAUGUCAAAUCACUCAAAGCGACGGCAAGUAACAAGGUUUACAAAGGAAUCUGCAGGCUCGGCUUCUGCCUCUUCAUCAAACCGUCACCAAGGAUACAUUGCUGAUGGCAGUCAGUAUGGAGAAAAAGCAAAGUCUGUUGUUCAAGAUAUGGAUGAUCCCUGGUCACCAACAACAAUGACAGCAUUUAAGCUGCUGAUGUCAGCACGACUGUGUGCAGCACUUUGGAACAUUGUUACUGACUGUGAUGAGACCUAUAACUACUGGGAAUCAGCACAUUAUCUGCUGUAUGGUUAUGGCUUUCAAACCUGGGAGUAUUCACCUGUUUAUGCCAUUCGAUCCUAUGCUUACAUCCUGCCAUAUCUAAUUCCUAUGAGAUUGUUUGAGAUCUUUCUCACCAACAAUAAGAUUCUCAUUUUUUACCUGCUGCGAUGCUGUCUAGGAACAGUUUGUGCUGCCUGUGAAGUUUACCUUUACAAGGCUGUGAAUCAAGCUGUUGGGACCAAUGUGGCACGCCUGAUGCUGUGGUUCCUGCUGCUGAGUACAGGCAUGUUCAUUGCAUGCACAGCAUUUCUUCCCAGCUCCUUCUCUAUGUAUCUCACCAUGGUCGCUGUGGCUUCUUGGUUGACUGGCAAAAAUAAUGUGGCUAUUCUGGCUGUAGCAGCAAGUACCAUCAUAGGAUGGCCUUUUGCAGCUGCAUUAGGGCUUCCUAUUGCCUUUGACGUAAUCUUCAGACAAAAACAGGUUCUGUACUUUGGGCUCUGGUGCAUAAUUUCGGCUGUUGUUUUUUUACUGCCAGUAGUAUUGAUCGACACUCACUACUAUGGAAGGCUUGUGAUAGCUCCUCUUAAUAUCAUCUUUUAUAAUGUCUUCACUAGCCAUGGACCUGAUCUUUAUGGAGUGGAACCCAUGUCCUAUUACAUCUUGAAUGGUUUUCUCAACUUUAACAUUAUUUUCUUGGCAGCAUGUGUUUCUCUUCCAGCAGUGAUUAUAGGAGCUUGGGUUAUGAGAUUGCCUGCCAACAAAAGAUUUCCAGUCUGGUUGAUUUUGGCACCCAUGUACAUCUGGAUUUUGAUCUUUUUUACUCGUCCACACAAGGAAGAAAGAUUCCUGUUCCCAAUCUAUCCUUUUUUCGCACUGGGUGGUGCAGUGUUUGUUGACAUUGUACAGAAAUUGUGGAGUUAUAUAAUGCCGGAGGCUGUACGUGCUCGCUACACAGAAAGCAGUAAUAUCAUCUCCAUCUUCACUGGCAUUCUCUUCUCUUUGCUGUGCUUGUCACGCUCAGUGGCCCUGUACCAAGGUUAUCAUGCAUCCAUGGACAUUUUUGUGGAACUUCACAAAGUGGCCAAUGAUCCCAAAGUGCAUACAUUACCUUUUGACAAGCAUGUCAAUAUCUGCAUGGGAAAGGAUUGGUAUCGGUUCCCCAGCAAUUUCUUCCUUCCAUCUGAUAGGUGGCACUUGCAGUUUAUCAAGUCAGAGUUCAAGGGUCUUCUGCCAAAAGCUUAUGAACCUUGGCCUAAUGGAACACGACUUAUUCCAUCAAACAUGAAUGAUCUUAACAAGGAGGAACCAUCAAGAUAUAUUGACAUCAGCCGAUGUCAUUAUCUUGUUGACCUUGAUGUGCCAACUGAAAGCAGUUUAGAGCCACGGUAUGCAGCUUUGGAAGACUGGACAGUGGUGGCAAGUGCUCCCUUUCUGGAUGCUGGGAGAUCUCAUCGAUUGCUGCGGGCAUUCUACAUUCCAUUUGUGUCAGCAGCGCACUGUCAUUAUGCUGACUACAACAUUCUAAAAACAACACGCACAAAAAAAUCUGUGAAGCAUACAAAAUUAUAAUUCCUCAGCUCUGCUAUUAACUAAAUAUUUACUUCUUCAAGAAGAAAGUGAGAAGAAUGUGUGCCACUUUGCUUGACUUUACGUAACACAGUAUAUACCUAUGUUAUAUACAAUAUAUAUUAAUUUUUGUACAUAAAUGUGUGGAAAUGCUGUUAUAGCUUUACUUUAACAUUUCCAACUAUGUGUAUCCCAUAACUGAUGAAUAGGAUGUCAGCUAACGAUCUCUGUCCUCCCACCCCUUUAAAAAAAAAGACAUCUUAGCAGUAUGGAGCAAGCAAUUCUGUCACAGAAAAUGCAGAUUUAAGUGAUUUAGAUUUCUGAUCUCUAAGAUCUUGUUCUUUUUGAUUCUGACAAGGAGAAUUGGCAGCAAAUGAGGAAAAAAAAAUUGUAGGUGAGCACAUGGCUAUGGAAAAUAGUUAUAGUGAAAGCAACAUGAAAAUUUCCCCAAAUCUCAAGCAUCCAGCUGUAGAGUUUUUAAUAACAUUGAAGAGGAUCUUUCUGACUCUGCUGAGAAUGGUCUCAAAAGUGAAUAGAGCAAAACUCUUCACCACUUUUCUUCACGGAAUUUCAUUACCUCACACAGCUUGAUGAACUUGCUGAACUUGCUGACUGUAAACCUGUAGAUUUUUAUCAACUCUUUAUAGAUCAAGAAUUUGUAAAAUAUAUGAAGAGUCAAACGUUUUAUGCACAGUAAACUGCAGAUCAAGCUAAAAGAUAGGGAACUCUACUAUUGCCUACUUCCAAACUAAACAGAAGGAGAUCAUUCAAGAAAUUACAUGAUCUAUUCGUUCUAUUUGUGUGUCCAAAAUAUUCUUUGGAAAGGUCAUUUGAGAUGCUUGAUAUAAUUUAAAUUUGAGAGAAAGUGCCUUUUCAGGAAGGAAUGAUGAAGGAACAGUUGAUUUCUGCAAAGUUUGAACUUCACUUUUAGUUCCAUCUGCUAUGUCGUCACUUUCAGUUCUUUUUUAUAAUUUCUUUUUUAAAUGUUUGAAUUUCAUGUACCUGAAUAUCCAUAUAAGAUGUUAGCAAUUGGCAUAUUUAUACACACUGACAGAAUUAUGGAGAUACCAACACAAUUUAUUCAGACGUUCAUUGACUAUAGCUAUCCUAGUGAAAAUUGUCUUUGUGUCUUUAUUGUAACUGCUGAAGACUAGUGGCUAAAGAAACAAGAAAGUCUAAUGGGGUGGAGUUUGAGAAAGCAUUGAGAUGCAUGCCUGCAAGCAUCACCACACACAGAAUGCACUCUCGUCUUGUGAUGUCACUUCUGUACACAGAUAUGUCUAAUUAACAGAUAAUAGUAAUGUAUCCUGAUGUCUGUGUGGUUGACCUUGGUCUGUGAAUCUUCCCUCCUCCCCACUUUGUUUCAGCCACUUACUGAAAGAUCAUCCGUGUAAAUGAAAGGCUCUGUUGACACAUAUAAUCUUAUUUUUUUACCUUUGCACAUUGGUCCAGAGGUUUCUGAAAACUAAUAAUCGUUGCAAUUCCUGAUCAUUGCCAUCAAGAUUUAGUCCCCCCAAAUCAUCUAAAUGUCCUCAGAAGUGAAUGUUUGUUUAAAGAUUUUCAAAAUCAGAAUGACUGUAGUCCAACUUUUUAUUCAUUAUUUUAAUUUUCAAGGUGGGUGCUGCUGCUACAACACUGUACCUCUUGAAAUGCCCAGGUUUUGCAUGACAUCUUGUGUGCUUCUGCUUUGUAAGCAUGUUUAUCAUAAGUGAGAGAAACAUUUGUGCCAAUAGUCUAAAGCUUUUUUUUUUUCAUAUGACAGACAUGUGAUGUUGCAUUUAAUUCUAUGUUUAGACAUUACAUGUUGCAAGAUUGCAGAUACGUGAGAUCUGGAUCACACAUGCUGUAGCACAUUCAAAAUUAUUUCUGCAUAGCAUAAAUAGUUAUGACACUGGUGUGGGACACAUUCUUUAAUGAGCAAGUUAACAUUAUAUCAAAUAUAUUUUGAAGUUUACAAAAAGACUGCUGUUAGAUAAAGUUAUUCAUAUUACUCCAAUGUAAUUCUGGGCAAGUUUAUAAAGAUGUGAAAGGGUUUGAAACUGAUCAGGGAUAAAACAGCCCACUUUAAAAUUGCUGAAAACCUAGAUUUUUGUCAGGCAUGAUCUUAUGAAUACAAAAGAAAGAAAAAAAAAUUAUAAAAAUAUGAUGUGUGCGAUAAGUGACUUG